AUGUUCACUUUACCGCUGCUGGUGGUCACUCUGUUUCUUCAGGUCAAAUUCCACCUGCGGCCCGGUCUGAAGUAUGCACUUUAUGCUUCUCUCAUCAUUAGUGCCCUCCACGCCAUCUUCAUUCCUCUCAAAGGACUCGGAGACUUUGUGACAUACACUAAUGCCUUCAUGAGUGUUUCAUUCAUCAUCCGCGCUGUGGAACUGCUUCUUCUGCAGAACCUCGAUGAACUCAUGCACUUGGAAAAAGUAUCUCAAGUGUCCUCAUCAAUCCUAUACUCCUGGGAACCCGUACAUAAAUCGCUAGGCUAUAGGCGGUUUCUUCAAGUUUGUAAUCUGAUCGCCAACCCGCGCGCCAUCGGCUGGAAUCACGGCUCCACCAAGUAUCUACCACCAUUACGUCCUGUGGAAGGAGAGGCUGGUGGCGAGCAUUGUUUCCCUGAACAUCAAAACAUGGUUCUUAUCGCCGACGGAGACCGUCGCAGCUUUCUCCUGGCGCAUAUCUGGACAGUAGUCAUGGCCUAUUUGACAAUGGAUACCUAUCAGGCUGCAUUCGCGCGCAAUUAUACCCAGAUUUGCAACAGUGUGGAUGGGUUCCUGAACAAGGUGAUGGGGCUAAGCGUCUCCCCAGCGACAAGCGAGAUGAUGGUAAGAAGAUACCUGUUGUCACCCGGAUGUUGGAUCGCCUCGUAUGCGUUUGUCGAUGGUAUCCAUUCUGCGAUAGGUGUGUUUUCCGUGGGCAUCUUGCGAGUCUUUGGGGCCAAGUAUGCCGGAGAACCUUGGAUGUACCCUCCGGUUUUUGGAUCUGUUCGUCACCUACUUGCUUUUAAUCUGCGUGAUAUCUGGGGCAAGAUGUGGCAUGACUUGUGCCGAAAUCCCUUUUUGACGCUGUCUCGUGCAGCCAUCAUCCCGCUCAAAUCAAUUCCAGUGGGCACGCAGCGGUUCCUGGUUAUCUGCCUCACCUUCUUUGUGUCAGGGGUGGUCCAUGUGGCAGGAACCUAUGCUGUCUCUCAGGACGUCUGCGCUGUGGGCAUGAUGAUGACCUUCUUCUGCAUCUUGCCGCUUUGCAUCGCCGCGCAACAUCUCCUCUCCGACCGGCUCCUUCCCCUGGUUCUUCCUCACAAUGAGCUCGCUCAGUUCGUUAUUUGGCUGGUUAACAUGGCCUUUGUUACAGGUUGGGGUCACACCACCAGUCCGUGGUUUCUGGAUCAUAGCAAAUUGCCUGAGGCUAUCGGAUCGGUGCCUCUACCAAUGAGUUUAUGGAAAUUGAUGGCCGAUGUCUAGAGUCUUAUUCUCUUCUGAAGACAGACGAAUAGAAGUUUAGCUGUCUUGAACGCAUGCGCUGGGGUGGUUAAUCAGACAAGAUCCAAUCUUAGAUAGAUGGGCACUUGCCGAGUUGAGUACCUAAUUUUCUU